AUGUCCCGGCAAACGGGACUGUCGCAGACCCCAUCACGGCAGCGUUUCAUCUGCGCGGAAUGCUCACGGCAUCCAUAUCAGAAUAAAAUGGAACAUGCACGUCUUGCUAACUUGGGCAUACACGCUAAUGCUUGGGCCUCUUCCGGUUUUCAUGGACAAAACCUUUUGCGUGAUUUUUCAAGAAUGCUUCCUUUUCCUCGGCCUGAGCUCAGGCAUCAUGUUUGGCGGUCUCUGCUAUCGUUCUGGUUUUGUUUUUAUCCGUCGAAGGAUGUUGAUGACAGCGUUCAAGUCCCGAUUUCGCAGCUUCUGGCCAUUGGCAACGCAAUUCAUGCACAAGUGAAAGCUGCGAUCCACGCUUCGCUCGCCAUUUUCAUGUUCUUUGCAUGCAGGCUCGAUGCGCCCGUCAUAGCGAUGAAACCAGGAUGUGGACGGGUGUGUGUGUGUGUGUGUGCAUGGGUCAAACACACAGGCUUCUCCGAGCUUCGCCCUAUGGUACGUGAACGCUUGUUAUAUCGUUCGGUACAUGCCCGUGACCUGUGGAGAUGGUUCAACCCAAUUUCCAUCUCCGUUUCUGUGCUCAGUACCGUAAACCUCGAUCAUGCGGCUCUUCUUGGUCAUCCUUUCGGCGAGCACGCUGUCCGCUGCAUACACAAGCGCUCGUUGUUCCAUUCGAUCAUUCGACAUCUGUCCCCAUGCAAGUUGUUCUUCGUCUGUGUGAGCGACUCGCGAAACGUGCGGAUUAGCAUUACGGUAAUCGAGGUUCCUGGAUCACUCAUGGGCAUCGUGUGCACAUGUUCCGCCCGCCUGGGACAAUGCUCCUGCGGCUUGUGCUACUCAAUUCUCUUUUGGUCGCUCAUUGGAUUAUGCACUGAUUUCUCCGCUUCCACGGAGACGAACAUGAAUGGUGCGCGGGUAGAACUUGCGACUGUGGGUGGAAGUCAGCGGGUUCCAAAACUCUUGGUUUGGGCGCAUUAUCGGUUACCACAUGGGAACUGUGGUGCUCUUCGGGUCUCACGGAAACGCAGGUGUAGAUGCUCGCUAUGUCUGCGUCCAGACCUAUGUAGAUCGCAUUGGAGAUCGAGCUGCCGAGACGGCGUCCUCGUGUUGCUGGUUGUUCAUACAUGUGUUGCCUCUGGUGAGUGGGAAUGCGUUUAA